CCGUUGCCACCGUACCUCGUUGCGGGAAUAAUCGGUCAAGUCGAUUUCAUUCCGACUGAUUUUGUAUAUUUUCAUUACAUAUUCUUGGUUUCCAAAUACUUGCUAAACCUUUACCCUCAUUAUUGUGCGAAUUCCAUAUCUACCUAUUUACCUUCUGUAUAUCGAGCCAAAACUAGUUUAUUGUUUACUUUCGUUAACUAGGUAUUUAAAAUAAAUAUUGCGAUUUCCUAGAAUGCAAUUAUAGGCUGUUGACCUGCCGUUCUAAAUUCUAUUGCGAUCUACAGCGAUCACGCCAAACUUGCAGAGAUACAUUUAUAUAAAACUUUCAAUUUAUGUCCAUAUCAGUGUUAUGUUUUAUUGGAUUAACAAUGCUUCUGGCCUUGUAUCCUUGUAAAAUGGCGCCUCGCCCGUCGUUAUUAUUAUUACAUUCGAAGCGAACUUCGUGACGAUCUCCAUUCUCCAGCCCCCCGCUUCAACGCUCCCCGCGGAUGCGUAUCCGAUUGUCGCGAGCCGACGACUGGCGUUUACGACUUGUCAAACAAGUUAGGUUAUACGGACUAUUGAAGCGAAAACUUAAAAAAAAUAUCAAAAAUGAACUUAUUAAUGUGUAAAUAAUCUACGCCAUCUUUCUUUACAGAUGUCAGCUGGGUCACAAAUUCAGAUGGCACCACAAACUACUGUCAACACGGGGCAGCCACUACAUAAUCAGGACUCCAAUAUGAGCACAGGGUCUUCGCAUAGUGACAAAGAAGUGGAUGCCUUGACUCCUGAAAAAUCUGCCGCUAUGCGAGGUUCAAAUGCAGUCCCGGGCAGCGCGCUUGUGCCACCGAGUGGUGCCACACCUACUAUAGCAAUGCCAGAAAGAAAGAGGAAACGAAAAGGGGAAGAAGGUGUAGGCGGUGGUGGAGGAGGUGGUGGUAAACCGAGGCACAAUUCAUCAGAUAAAAAUAUUCGGGAAUAUUUUUCUAAGCACCCCUCAUCCAGUCCUGUUCGGCAUGCUGGAGCUAAGUCACCUUCACCUCAGGGCGCUAACUAUCCUAUGUACCCACCGUCACCCUCAUCAUUACUACCUUCGGGAGCUGACUUUUUACGUUCCGCCUCACAACAGCGACCUCACUCUUCUGUAAAACAGAUUCAAACAGAACUGACAUGUCAGAGGAUACAAGAGUUAGAAACUCAAGCUUCAUCUGACUUAGAAGUAAGAAACAAUAGAAUAGAAGAAUUAACAAGAAGUAAUGAAGAGUUAAAACAUCAAGUUCAAGCGCAGAGCAAGGUUAUAGAUCAGCAUAAGUCACAUAUAAACAAAUGUAUAGAAGUGGUAAAGAAAUUGUUAAAUGAGAAAAGUACUAUUGAAAAAAAGGAAGCUCGACAGAGAUGUAUGCAAAAUAGAUUAAGGCUUGGACAGUUUGUUACACAGCGUGUCGGUGCUACUUUUCAAGAAAACUGGACUGAUGGAUAUGCAUUUCAAGAACUUACAAGGCGGCAGGAAGAAAUAACAGCGGAAAAAGAGGAAAUUGAUAGGCAGAAAAAGUUAUUGUCAAAGAAGCGGCCGUCGAAUAACGAGGGUGGUGGCGGACGAGGCAAGCGUACGUCCAGCGUAUCUGCGCCUGCCACGCCGCAGCCGCAACCGCUGCACAACGGCACGGACGCGCCCACCUUCCUCAAACCCGACCCGCUGCCCAGUAUGACGUGGCAAGAGUACUAUGAGGCUGAUGAGAUAUUAAAGUUGAGGCAAAGUGCCUUAAAAAAAGAAGAUACAGAUUUGCAGCUAGAAAUGGAAAAAUUAGAAAGGGAAAGAAAUCUACAUAUUAGAGAAUUAAAGCGGAUACAUAAUGAAGACCAAAGCCGUUUUUCACAGCAUCCUGUGCUCUCUGAUAGAUAUUUGCUGCUAAUGCUAUUGGGCAAAGGUGGAUUUAGUGAAGUUCAUAAAGCAUUUGAUCUCCGGGAGCAGCGUUACACUGCUUGCAAGGUUCAUCAGCUUAACAAAGACUGGAAAGAGGACAAAAAGGCCAACUACAUCAAACAUGCACUUCGGGAGUACAAUAUACAUAAGGCACUAGACCACCCUCGGAUUGUUAAACUUUAUGAUGUGUUUGAAAUAGAUGGAAACUCGUUUUGUACAGUUCUCGAAUACUGCAAUGGACAUGAUCUCGAUUUCUAUCUUAAGCAGCAUAAGACAAUACCAGAGCGCGAGGCGAGGUCUAUUGUGAUGCAAGUAGUGUCAGCUCUUAAGUACCUGAACGAGAUUAAGCCGCCCGUAAUACAUUAUGAUCUAAAGCCUGGUAAUAUUUUGCUAACGGAAGGUAAUGUUUGCGGCGAGAUCAAGAUCACAGAUUUUGGUCUCUCCAAGGUCAUGGAUGAGGAGAACUAUAAUCCUGACCAUGGCAUGGAUCUCACCAGCCAAGGUGCAGGCACUUAUUGGUAUUUGCCACCAGAGUGUUUUGUAGUCGGCAAAAACCCACCAAAGAUCAGUAGUAAGGUGGAUGUUUGGAGUGUAGGUGUUAUCUUCUAUCAGUGUCUAUAUGGCAAAAAGCCCUUUGGACACAACCAGAGCCAGGCUACAAUUCUAGAAGAAAACACUAUUUUAAAGGCAACUGAAGUUCAGUUUGCCAACAAACCUACAGUCAGUAAUGAGGCUAAGAGCUUCAUCCGCGCGUGCUUGGCGUAUCGCAAGGAGGAGCGAAUCGACGUGUUCGGGCUGGCGCGGCACGAGUACCUGCAGCCGCCCAUGCCCAAGCCGCGCGGCGCGGCGGGCGCAGGCGCAGGCGCGGGCGGCGCGGGCGCGGGCGCGGGGGGUGCGGGCGCGGCGCCGGCCGCCUUCAGCGCGGGGCUGUUCGCGGCGGGCUCGUCGUCCUAGCCGCGCCGCGCGCGCCCGCGCCGCCCGCGCCCGCCGCGCCCCUGACGCCGAGGCGCGCUCGCCCCGACCGGCCCGCGUAUUCGCCGCGUGUUCCCCCGUCGCGCGACGUACGCGCGACUGAAAUGACUAUAUCAUUUACGGAUUAAAUUGUUUAAGAUUAUGCUUACUGUUGACUGUAUUUAUUGAGCAGGUGAUAAAAUGUGAUUCUCCAUUUAUGAAUGGUUUUAUCCUUUUGUCACUAGAGAAGAAUCCUUGGGACUAUCCCUAGCAUAUUAUAUAAGUUAUCCCUAUUAAAAAAGUUAAAAAUAUGA